AUGCUUGGUUUCUUAUUGACUUCUCAUGCACUUUCCAAAGUAAUUGAAACUCCUGGAUCAUUUUCAGAUCAAGUUCAGGCUAAACUUGAGUUAACAUUCUCUUCUGUUGAAAACUACGAUUCUAUUGUUAUUUUCCCAACACCAGAAAAGUUCACUGUCAAUAAACAGACACUUAAACGCAUUUACUACAAUCCAGAAACAUUAGUUAUUGAAUCAGAUAAUAAUGUCUUAGAUUAUUCUUUAAUUCGCCUCAAAAAGGGUUAUUGCACUACAUUAGAUUUUAUUCUCAACAAAUAUGAGAAUGAAAGUGUACCUAUAUCCUUCAAUGCAUAUGAUUACAAGUCAAAACAUAUAUGCAUUGUUUUCGCAAAUUCCCAUGAAACGAAAUCUGUUGUUUAUGGAAACAACGAUAAACUUAGUGGCAAGAUUUAUGCAUAUGAUAACUAUAUCCUCGAUGGAACUUCAUAUCGUGAAUUGAAGAAGAACACUGACCUUGAAUUAACUUAUACAACAUUCAUGAUUGACUACAUAACCGAGAAUAUUAGUUUCAAUAGUUUUGGUAUCAAUAAGGGAAAGAAAGAAACUUAUUUAGAUAGAUAUUAUAUUAUAGAUUUUGAAACUGUACUCAGGGGAUAUCUCGUUUUACCUGAAAUCAAAGACUUCAAGUAUGGUAUGUACGAUAUCAAUGUUAAUGGCUCAUAUGCCUUAGUUGUUUCAGCAAGAUCUUACAUGUUUAUUCUUAAAUACGAGAAUUAUUCUAUUGAUGCAUUCUCCGGCACAUAUCAACAUAAAGUUCCUUAUAAUGUAAAUCAUGAUAUCGUUGCAUGA